UUUUCAUAAUCGCCUCAAACAUUCUCUCCCUCUCUUUUUUAGGAUUCGUUUUCCCUACGCAGAUGGCACAAAAGGCGGUGAAGAAGCCGGCGGAGAAGGCACCAGCGGCGGCAGAGAAGAAUCCGCGGGCGGAGAAGAAAUUGCCGAAGGAGGCGCCGUCGUCAGUCGAUAAGAAGAAGAAGAAGGCCAAGAAGAGCGUGGAGACUUACAAGAUCUACAUAUUCAAGGUCUUGAAGCAGGUGCAUCCAGAUAUCGGGAUCUCAAGCAAGGCGAUGGGGAUCAUGAACAGCUUCAUCAACGAUAUAUUCGAGAAGCUCGCGCAAGAGUCUGCAAGACUCGCUCGCUACAACAAGAAGCCCACCAUCACUUCUCGCGAGAUCCAGACUGCUGUGAGGCUUGUUCUCCCCGGUGAGCUUGCAAAGCACGCCGUCUCUGAAGGUACUAAGGCUGUUACCAAGUUCACUAGUUCUUAAAAUUAGGAUGAGAUUGAUGAGGAAUAGUUGAUUUUGGAUUUUAUGGAAUGUAAAUGCAUAAGAGCUUGGUUGAUUCUGAUUAGUUGAGUUUCUGUUUUGCUCCAAAGUGAUUUUGUGAAGUUUCUGAGUAUAUAAGAUCAUUGUGAUUCUCGUUCACACUCGAUAAGUGA